CAAAGCGUCAAAAAACAGAGCACAUCGAACGCAACAUCUUUUGCCCCUUGAAAACCUUCAGGGAUAGAAAACCGACGGAGCGGAACCUAAGGUCUCCCUAGAGUCAACUGCUGCCUUUGUCUUUCACAGAAAGGCAUAAUUAUAAUAUUCUUGCUAACACAAGCAGAAAUAUUUCAGCGUUGUUCAAACAGUCACGCUGUUAAGGAUAGAUAAGCGCUGGUUGAAUUCCUUUGGAGUCCCCGAGAAGUCAAGGGAAUCGAGAAAGGGGACGUACGAUUUCGGCGCUUUAGAGCCAAAGAGCUACAAGAACUUCUCCGCCAGCAAAUAGCAUUUAUUUCAGGAGGAAUUGAUCGCCGAGGAGGCCGUAUUAUAACUUUGCCGGCACAUACAUUUCAAGGCGAACAACAAGACGAAGAAAGCAUCGGACAAAUAGUCUCCUAUCUAGCUAAUUUACCAAGUGAGGAUGAGUGUCGCCUGGGGUUCUCCAUUAUUCUGGACAUGCGCUCCUGCACAUGGUCCACAGCAAAACCGGUCCUGAGAUCACUUCAGGAAUGUUUUCCAGAAAAAAUACACAGUGUAUAUAUUAUCAAGCCAGAAGGAUUUUGGGAAAGACACAAGACAAACCUUAAAACAUCCAAGCUUUCAUUCGAGACCACCUUGACGUCUUUGGAUGGACUUGCUAAGUUUAUCGAGCCGAGCCAACUGACUGCAAGCCUUGGAGGAACCCUUAAGUAUGAUCAUACGGACUGGCUUAAUAUGCGUCUGGCGUUGGAAAAAUUCCUCUACGAGGCUAUGGCCUUGCUCUCAAAAUUGGACGAGAUUCAAGAUGGUUUGUCCAAAGACGAAUUCGCAGAAACCCAAGAUGGUCUGAAGGAUCAGAUCAAGAAGAAUCACCAUGUUAAGAAGUGGAUUGUCAAGGCUCCUGUGGAAAUACUCCAAGAAGAAGGAGAGAGAAUUCUUAAAUCCAUCAAGAAUCCCACAAGUGAACACCUCGUGGAUGGGUUCACGAUACAGGAUUACAAGAAAGCCGAGCAGCAAGUUCAGGAGUUAGUGGAGAGCUUGAUUCUCAAGAGGCAGCGAUUACGGGAAUUAUGGAAUAUCAGGAAGCAGAAAUUGGACCAGUGCUUCCAGUUUAGGGUCUUCCAAAUUGAUGCGCAUAAGAUGCUCAAGUGGAUCAAGGAAAAUAGAGAGGAUUUUUUAAUCAAUUAUUCGGAGAUCGGGAAUGACACAGAAUCCGCAGAAGAGUUGGAAGAGGAACAUCGGAAUUUCGAGAGUAGCUGCAUGAAUGUGUAUGGCAAUAUUCACCGUGUGCUUGAGAUAGCAGACAAACUAAGCGAAGCCGGCCAUUAUGAAGCAGACAGGAUUGAAGCAUUAGCAGAGUCCGUUGAUAGGGAAUGGAAGUCAUUUGAUAUGGAAGUGAACCAACGGAGCUCUUUGCUCUCGUGCUCAGUGGCGUAUCACAAGCACAGUGAGGAGUUUCUCCGAAAUAUCAAAUACUGGAAACAGUACCUUGAGGACCCGGACCUGAUCAAAAACUCUAAUGUGUCUACGGUAGAAAUCAAAAUCCAGGAAUUAGACAAGCUUCGACAGGAAUUUGAGGACAGUUUCCAUACGGUAAGCACGGACAGUAAAGCCUUGUUGGGAGAAUUACAGAAACCUGCGGUCGCUUUUGAUGACCAGUUCCUCAAAUCUCCUGAGUACUCGGAGGCUUCUUCGCAUGUUAUGGAUAUUUACUUGGAAGUUCACGAGCAUCACCGACAAUUAGGGAUUUUAUGGGAGAAACAACGGACGCGCUUAAAGGAUCAUCUCCACCUUUGUAUGUUUGACCAGGAUAGCAAACAGGUAAUCCGUUGGAUAGAGGAGCAUGGGGAGACGUUUCUCAAGAAGCACACGGGUAUCGGCAAGUCUUUGGUGAAAGCCGAGGCUCUACUCAAGCGGCAUGAAGAAUUCGAGAACAUCGCUCAGAACACGUACACGAACGCGGCUAAGCUUCUCGAGGCCGCGCGCCACCUUGCGCAGUCUGGCGAGUGCAACCCGGAGGAGAUCCAGAAGCGAGUGGACUAUUUCGAGAAGCGCGUCCAGGAAUUCAUCGGGCGCGUGAAUCGACGGAAGGGACUCCUCAAGCUCGCCGUAAACUUCUACACGCGGACGCAAAAGCUCACGGAACUGGUCGAACAGCUUAAAUCACAAUUGGAGCUGGAAGAAGUCUCCGACAACCCGGACAAUAUCGCGACAGUCUUAACAAAUCUAAAACACCAAGGCGAAGCUACCCUCGACUCCAUUCAUACGGCUAUCGAUGAAGGGGAAACAAUCGUCGAGGAGCUUAAGCUUGCGAGCGCCGAUGGAAUGGACUCGAGCUCUCUCCAUCAUGUUGAAAAAGUUAUUAAGGAAUUGGACAGGGUUCGUAGAGCGAUUGAACACUCUUGGUCACGCCGAAGACAGCAGCUCGAGCUGUGGUUACAGCUUCGCGAGUUCGAGAGAGCCGCAAAACAGCUGAAGGAUCGACUCGAGUCAUGUGAGGAGUUACUCGAGAGAGGGGUCGUGGCCCCGGACUUACCUCGCGCCAAACAGGCUCUAACGCACCACGAGGACUAUGUCCAAGACAUUGAAAACGCGUCUUUACGAACGUUCUGUCGCGGUGAAGAGCUUAUUGACGCUCUCAAGCAAUCUGAGAUCGAACUCAGGGUUAAAGACCCGCUAACUGCUGAAAAUAUUGACGCACAGACACACGUGCAUAAUUUAUUAGAAGUUUUACAUAGAAAAAGAAGAGAUCUACGGGACUUGGCGGAAGAGAGGAAGAUCAAACUUGAACAGAAUUUACUGUUGCGGCAGCUCGAAAGCGAUGCCAAACAAGUGGUUGGCUGGGUGCGUAAUGGUGAGGCGAUGCUUUACGCUUGUACCGAUCUCGGCAGCUCACUAGUGGAGGCCGAGGCGUUACUCAGAGAACAUGACGAAUUCCAACGUGCAAUUGAGAAAACAUGUCAGAGCGCGACGGAGGUGCGGCAACGCGCUGAGAAGCUCAUCAAAGAUGGACACUUUGAGCCGGAGACGAUACGAGCCUGCGCUGAUGCGAUGACGAACCGCUGGCAGCAUCUAAUGGAGCGAUCAGAGAACAGAAAAGUGCUCAUCACGGCGUCUUUUAACUUCUUCAACGCUGGAGAAGCGGUGGGCUCCUUAAUGGACCGCCUUGUGCGUGAGUACAAGACAGAAGACGGCGACCCUUGCAGUAAGCUGAUAGAGACGGAAACCACCAAGAAACUAGAGGCAAUGAGGGCGAUCGUACAGAGUUACGAUGACGACCGGGAGUCCAUCGUGCACGGCUUCUCGGAGGUCAAGUACACGGCCGACUCGUACCUUAACAUGAUCACAGCACGAGAGGUGCAUGUUGACGGGUCGUACGACAGGGCCGAGCAGCAAGUCAAGGAUGUGAUGGACGUGUUAAAGGUGCAAGAGCAGGUGGUGAUGGAUCUGUGGGGGGUACGCAAGACCAUGGCGGAGCACUGCGUCCAGUACCUUGAGCUUGAGACCAGCGCUAAGGAGGCACUCGACUGGAUCCAUGAGAAUGGCGAGUUCUAUCUAUCGUCCCACCCUAAUGAUGGCGACACUGAGGCUGAAACUCGUAUGUUCCUUAAAGAACACCACGAGUUUAAGGAAGCGGCCGAGGUACAGUCCUUGGAAAUCCGCGAUAAAGUUCGCACGAUGCUUCAGCAGGCUGAGAGCCUGGUCACUAAGUCGUGUCACCAUGGUGAUGGAAUCAGGCAAUGGGCGACGGCGGUAGAGAAGAGGUACAAGGAUUUCUCCAGCCGUAUGAGCAAAUACCGCGUGCGUCUGGAAACAAAGCUCGGUUACCCCACAAUCGACCAGGAGGAUGACAACGAAUGGCCGAGUUUACACUCGUUGCAGCCAGAGCCACAGGAUCAACCGGCGUUCGCACUCAGGGAGACCUCUAAGGACAGUGGUAUUCAUGAGAUGACAGAGGAGAAGAGACGUUCUGCCAAGCGUAAAGAGUUUAUCGUGAACGAGUUGUUACAGACGGAGAGAGCUUACGUGGGAGACCUGAAGUGUGUUAUCGAGAAUUACGUGAGUGCUAUGGAGAACAAUCCAGACGUCCCUGCAGGCCUGGUCGGCAAGGAGAGCAUUAUAUUUGGCAACAUUCAAGAUAUCUAUAAAUUCCACAGCAACACAUUUUUGCAAGAAAUGGAGAAAUACGAAACGCACCCAGAAGACGUAGGCGAAGCUUUUAUUGAAUGGGGCGAGACGUUUGUGCGCUUCUACGUAUCCUACUGCAAGAACAAGCCAUUCUCCAACUCACUACUCAUAGAACAUGGUGGAAAUUUCUUCUCGGACUUACAAGCCUCUUAUGGCCAUGGCCUGUCUAUCUCCGCCUAUCUCAUCAAGCCGGUCCAGAGGAUCACCAAGUACCAGCUUCUACUCAAGGACUUACUGACGUGUUGCGAAGGAUCUGAAAAUAGUCUUCAGGCUGGCCUCGAUGUGAUGUUGAGCGUCCCAAGGCGUGCUAAUGAUGCCAUGUAUGUCAACAUGUUACAUGGGCUGGAGGAAAACCUUGAUCACCUUGGCAGGAUAAUCCUCCAGGAUGCAUUUACGGUGUUCGACCCGAAGCUGUUGCGUCGUAAAGGCAAAGAUCGCCACGUGUUCUUGUUUGAGCAAGCGCUGGUUUUCAGUAAAGAGACGAAGGAUAAUGACGGCAAAGUCAGCUACCUCUACAAGUACAAACUUAAGACCUCUGAGCUUGGGGUUACUGAGCACAUUGCUGAAGACCCCUGUAAGUUCGCUGUGUGGACAGGCAAACCACCGCAGUCUGAAGAUAAAAGAGUCAUUAAGGCUGCAAACAUCGAGGUGAAGCAACUCUGGGUAAAAGAACUCCGGGAACUUAUCCAGCAAUUCCAGUUUGGUAUUCUUAAGGAGCGAAGCAACUCCAUGAUGAGUGGCUCCACAAACUCCGUCAACACGACAUCAUCAGUCAAGAGCCGCGAGGAGAAGGCCGCUGACCGGGAAAGCGGCGUUAUCGAAGACGACAGUGUAUCCGGCGACUACGACGUCCCUGAAGGAGGAAAGGUUCUUGAGCUCUCUCAGGAUAACAUUUGGCUUGUUGCGGAGAACUACCGUGCCGCUACAGAGGAGGAGAUCUCUCUACGGAAAGGACAGUUCGUGGAGGUGCUUGUCAAGAGUCAUGGCAGCACGAGGUGGAGAGUUAGAAUCCUGAAUAGCGACGGGACGGUGCCAGCUGAGGGCUGGGUGCCAUACGCCACGCUCAGACGACCCGAGGAUAACCGUAAGAAGAGACACUCCGACAUCUCGCACUCCUCCAGCGAAGAUUCCGUGUCGAUAUCGUCUACUGAGAGUCCCACCACCUCUUGGUACUCAACUCCUCCGCCAAAUGGAAAUGGGGGCUCAUCUCCCCCUGUACGCCGGCGCUCAAAAAGCAACACCCAGUUUGGGUCUCUUCGUAUGCGAUCUUGGAGUAGAAAUUCUAUGAAGAAAAUGAUGAACAAACCUGGCCAGGCUCCGUCGCCAACUAACACACCUGCAAGAUCCAAAAAGAUCUCUGGUGGAGGCUCAAAGAAACUGCAGCAGAUGUUGGGCGCAAGCGAGAGCGAUAUCGAUCUGUUACUGCGACCGGCCGAAAUCGUGCACACUACCUCUCAGACGAGUAUUCCAGAGGAAGAUGUUGUGGAGACAGAGAGCAGCGAUUCCAAACCUCAUGAUGCCAUCAAGAUCUUCCCGGUCAGCGAUGACGAGGAUGAGGAUGACUUAGAUGAGAUGUCUGUUGAGGGGGUGCGGGGAGAGGCAGAGGGCGAGGAGCAGCCAGUAGACGAUGAGGAGGAUGCGACAGGACCUGGCCUGGUCCCGGAGGAUCCCGAGGCUGUGGCGCUCAAGAAGAGGACGUUCGUACUGAGAGAGUUGAUACAGACCGAGCAAGACUAUGUGACGAGCUUAGGAGAAGUUGUUGAUGGCUACAUUGCGGAGUUCAGUAAACCCGACUUACCAGAAGAGCUCAAAGGCAAGGAACGCAUGGUGUUUGGGAACAUCAAACAGAUCUACGAAUGGCACAAGACUGUGUUCUGCAGAGAACUCGAGAAAUGCGAAGACGCACCAGAAAAGCUUGCUUCUGUGUUCCUAAAAGCCGAACGGCGUCUGCAGAUGUACGUCAUCUAUUGUCAAAACAAGCCAAAGUCCACAGCGCUCGUACACGAGUUCAAGGAGACAUACUUUACGGAUAUGAAAGAUCGGCUGGGGUAUCGCCUGUCCAUAGAAGACUAUCUUAUCAAGCCUGUUCAGCGUGUCAUGAAGUACCAGCUUCUUCUCAAGGACUUUGUCAAGUACACAGAGCGCGCUGGUCUCGACAUCAUUGAACUCAAGAGAGCUUUGCAUCUUAUGCAUGUUGUCCCGAAGAAAGCGAACGAUUUUCUAAACGUCGGAAUGUUAGAGGGGUACACGGGGAAGAUUACAGCGCAGGGGAACCUUGUCCUCCAGGACACUUUGAUGGUUAUGGACGUGAACGCGAAGGCUAAACCAGUCAAGAGGAGAGUCUUCCUGUUCGAGCAACUCGUCAUCUUUAGCGAGCCGUUUGAACGCAAAACAGACUGGACUGUCUACAUCUAUAGACACAGCAUUAAGACUAACCACAUGGGACAUACGGACGGCGUAGAUGAUGAUCCUUGCAAGUUGGCCAUUUGGACAAGCGAAGGCACAGCCUCUGAGAUCUAUGUGUUGACCGCCAGCUCGGAAGAGAUGAAGAACGAGUGGGUGUCUGCCCUGAAGAAACUCCUCGAGUCACAGAAUGCCUUCGCCAUGGUCACCCCUCCUGCCAUCGAGCAAGCAUUAAACGACUGGAGUAAAGCACUCGAGCGACCAAUAGAGUACCAGAACUUGAUGGAGAGGCAGAAAAACACCCCUGGUGACUCACCUUCCCAAGGGGCUCCCCCUGCGGUACCAGUUGGCCCCGUGACUACCCAGGGACAGGUUACCCCAGGAAGCUCAACCACCACGUCUACCUCGCCCGCAUUCAUGGCACGAGCUGGCACUAUGCCUGACUCGAUCUCUGUAAGGAGGCCCCCUGGGAUGGGCAGCGCACCGGCCACGCCUACAGGCCUAGGUACCAUCUCUUCUAUCGUCAAACACAUGCAUCUUAUCGACCUGGAGACAGCCAAGUCUCUGGAAGAGCUUACCUCACCCUUCCCCUCACCUUCUAGAAACCGCGAUCGGUACAUGGUGACGGAGGAUUUCCGGGGUAAGGACAAGAAUCAGCUGUCCGUGCGUAAAGGCGAGUAUGUUUACCUGGUCUCGUGCAAAAAAGACGACAAGAGCUGGAUGUACGUCUGUAACGGAGCCGCCGACAAGCUAGGUCUCGUGCCGGCCAAAGUCCUCGUCAAGAAGUCCGAGUCGAAUAACAAUAUUAAUGAAGAGACUGAGUCUGAAACCACGAAAACAAGAUCACUGACAAGGAAAAAAGCCACCCGCCAUGCCAGUUUCUCUAACUCUGCGCCGCCGCUCCCUUUAUUCCAUCGGCGCUGCAGUAGUAUGUCAAAUGAAGACAAACCUCGACGCGGAGAGGUGCGUAAAACGAAAGAUGAAUAUUUCACUUCAAUGUCGGAGAAACUACGGCGUAGUAUAGAGCGCUUCCGAUCAGAGGACGACGAUCAAUCACCUUGCGGAAGCCCGACAAAGAACUUCGAAGAACCUUUAGAAGAUGACGGUUCAAUCACUUUUACGGAACCCCUGCAAGAUAUAGCUGUAAAUAACACUGAAUACACGGAACUCACAUGUAAAAUUUCCUCACCUGACUUCCCAUACAAAGUAUCGUGGGCAUGGAAUGACACGCCUUUAUGCGAUAACGACAAGUAUCGCAUAAGUCGGACGGGCGACACGCACACGCUCAAAUUAGGGCCGCUUGCGGUGGCCGAUACGGGAUAUUACACGUGUAUAGCAAGUAGUCCAGCAGGCAGUGCACGCUCAACAGCCAAAGUCACCGUGUUAGGCGUUCCCGAACCUCCAUACAAACCCUACGUCAAAGACCUGCUAUCCUCAUCGCUUGUCCUUGCGUGGGAACCGAACGCGAUCGAUGGCGGCAACGAAGUAACCGCGUACACUGUCGAAUAUAAGGAAACUGGUGUGAGCGUCUGGCAAGCCGCUGUCCCAUUUGUCGCAGGCGAGAGUACGUUAAUUGACGACCUAACGCCCGGCGCAACGUAUCAAUUUCGCGUGAGCGCAAACAACUCAAUAGGAAUCAGUCGACCAAGUGAACCCUUCGAGGUGGUCAUGCUAGAGACAGAUACAGACGAUGACGUCACACCUACGAGUUCUCCGACUCACAAGUCGGCUGUUUCUUGGAAAAAUGAUAUCGACCAGUAUUAUAACAUCUACGCUGAGCUGGGCAGGGGUCGUUAUGCGGUUGUCAAAAAGUGCGUAGAGAAAUCAACUGGCAAAGAAUUCGCCGCCAAGAUGGUCAAAAAGCGCAUGCUGGACCCUGUGGAUAUCGACCGGGAGGUGACCGUGUUGAGAAUGUUAAAGCACCCGAACCUCUGCAUAUUUCUGGACGCUUACGACACACCCAAGAAUUAUAUCAUCGUCACGGAGUUACUAGCGGGUGGGAGGCUUUUUGAUUACCUGGUUGUCAUGGAUGCACUGACGGAGAAGGUUGCCAUUGGUUACAUGCAUCAGGUCGUGGAAGGUGUACAACAUCUACAUGAUUUGAACAUCGUGCAUUUGGACCUUAAGCCCCAGAAUCUGCUCCUAGACGGCGGACCUCUUCCCAAAGUGAAAAUCAUCGAUUUUGGCAGCGCACACAUCCUGUCCGGGUCUCCUGUUAAUCACAAGGUGUAUGGUAGUCCCGAGUUCGCGGCCCCGGAACUGAUCAUGGAGGAACCCCUCACAUUCAAGACUGAUACCUGGAGUAUCGGAGUCAUCACCUACGUGAUGUUAAGUGGUGUUUCCCCGUUCCAAGCUGACACGACAGACGAAAUGUGUGAACGAAUUCGCAAGGCAAACUUCUCGUUUCCUAAUAAACACUUCAGCGCUAUCUCAUCGCAAGCCAAAGAUUUUAUUUCUUCUCUUCUUAUCGCCGACAUCACUAAAAGGGCAGAUUGCCAGGAUUGCUUCAAGUCUGACUGGAUCAGAAUGUGUAGCCCUCGCCCUCCCAGUCCCGUCCGUACUACGAAGCUCAACACUUCCCGACUCGCAGCUUUUAACGCCCGACGACGAAAUCAGCAUGAUUUGAAACCUCUUCCAAGGCUGACUUCGUCGAGUUCCAAUUCUGAGUCUAAUGUUUAGCCUCCUGAAUUCCUCGCAUUCACAUAUCCCCACGAUACCCCGACUCCCGCCGAAUGCGUCCCGACUAGAGCCGACGACACUCCUACUGUGACGGAAGGUACCCCGACUAGAGCCGACGAUACCCCGACAUCGGCCGAAAUGGACCCGACUCAAUUUGUUAAAAGUAAUAGAUCUUCAUUUCCAACUCAAUUCUCAACAAAUCAUUUGUAUUAUGGUGUUUUGAAAUUCACAAUAGUUUGAUAAGUAUUGUUGUGUAUUACAUGAUGCUAUGCUUUGCGUCAAGUACCAUCUGUGUUAUUUUGGUUUUGUUUUUUAGUUGAGAAUAUGAAUCAGUUAAAUAGUGGUUUUUACUUUUGUGUCGUUCUUAACUUUUCUUGACAUUGCAUGGUUAAAGCCUUUCUCCGAAGCUUUUCUUGUUCAAACGAAUUGAAAAUCUUGGUGUUUUGCUAUUGCUUUGUAAGAAAAGUAUUCCAUAACAAUUUUCCACUUCCAAAUGUUUGAUGUUUUUUUGUCCAUGGUUGUUUUAAUGUUUUUGUUACCUUCAAAAGAGUGGGGUAUCAAUGUGAAUGUUGACAUGGGUUUAUGGGAUAGGAAUAAUGAUUUCUUUAAUUUAAAGCCAUUUUGUUAAAUAGUUUCAUUUUUAUUUAUUAACUGUGAAUAAAGAUUGAGAACAGACUUUUCUGUAAAUAUAAUUCAUUGACAACAUGUCAAUAAAAAGACGAAAGUUGUUCAUA